UCCCCCCCUCACGAAGCCAAAACGGGGGGUUGUGUGUUUGGGGGGGUCGCCCUUCGUUUUUGGGGUCCCCCCCGACGACCCCCCCUCCUGAAUCCCAGCUAUGGCGCCUUUUCUCCCUCCUUGUUUUUGACCAAAAGGAUCCCACAGAAUCCUAAAUACCAGCAUGUAAAAACUCGCCUUGACACAGAAUGAAUUAAUCGCACAUCUUCGGUGGGAGAGGAUUCACCAUUGGGUGUAUGUUCUCUUGUAGGUAGCAGUAUGACCAAAUACACUGAAAAACUGGAAGAGAUCAAAAGAAAUUACAGAUACAAGAAAGAUGAGCUCUUCAAGAGACUGAAAGUUACUACUUUCGCCCAGCUGGUGACCCAGGUUGCUUCCCUAGCUGAUGAAAACUCAGAAGUACCAUGUGAGGAAAAUCAAAAGUUUGAUGAAGGCGAUGCUGCUCCUGCAGAUAACAGCCCUGACAUGGCGGCAGAGACCAAUGGCAAAAGCAGCCCUGGUGACAAACCAGCCAGUCCCAUCCUGUUCAUAAACAACACCGGAGCCGGGGAGUCGUAUCGUUCCACCCUGCAGAGUGUCAUCAGUGGCGUGGGUGAGCUGGACCUGGGGAGAGACGCCCCGAAGAAAACGGAAAACUUUGCAAAAGACAGACCUUACCCCGACUGCCCCUACCUGCUGCUGGACGUGCGAGAGCGGGAUGCGUUUGAGCAGUGCCACAUAGUGGGAGCUUACUCCUACCCAAUCGCCACGCUAUCCAGAACCAUGAAUCCCUAUACGAAUAACAUUUUGGAAUACAAAAACGCUCAUGGAAAGAUCAUCAUUCUGUACGACGACGACGAGAGAGUAGCGAGCCAAGCUGCCACCACCAUGUGUGAAAGGGGUUUUGAAAACUUGUUCAUGCUCUCUGGAGGUCUCAGAGUCGUCGCUCAGAAGAUCCCCGAAGGGCUGGUAACUGGCACAUUUCCUUCCUCUUGCCUAUCCGCCAGCCAGCCUGGGACCGCCCGGAAAAGAGCCACUCCCAGGCAGCCCCUCCCCCCGCCCGCUGAGAAUAAAUGGAGAUUUACAGCAGAGGAUCUACAAAAGAUACAGUACUAUCUAGAAGAGGAGCAACUUCCAACAGAUUCCGCCACCCGUCUUAGCCGCGGUUCUUCAGCUCGAGACUCCAAAGCCACCGCCGUGCGGAGCAGCCAGAACCUGCCCACCACCAACACAGCGGUGGCCCUCUCCGCCCGCUCCCUCAGCAGCAGCAGCCUGCAAAGCAGGCCCUGGAGAUAGACGGUGUCAUUUCCCACUCAAUAAAAGAGAGUCCCUCUUCCUGGGGCCCUUUGAUCACUACAGCCAGUCUUUCGCUUUUAGGAAGGUGGUGCGCACGGGACAGAGAGGGGCAGAGGAGCAAAUGUGGGCAAGGUAUGGAAUAGGAGAGGGGGGAGACACCUCAGGCCAAGGACCUUUGGAGCGGAAAAGAAGCCCAGGGAGGGAAGGAAACAGGCUAACCUUAUCUAAACCUCCCAGCUAAGACUCCGGUUGGUGUUUGUCAUUGCCUCCCCACACCCCUAAAGGUAACAGGAUUUCCUAACUGCUGGUACGUGAGAAUAUGUAAACCAGAGCAAUCCAAAAACGUGACUGGACUUUGAACAGAAAUGGAGCAAACUGAGCAAAAAUAGCAGUGAGCAAAGUUGGUUAAGUGCUUGAGUUAUAAUAACUAGACAUUUGUGGUACAGUCAGGGGAUGAAUGGGUGAUCUGAGUGUUUAAUUUGUGGCCUUCUGCCCAGAGUUCUUUGCCGUCGUCCCAAAAAUACCCUUAAGAACAGCAGUUGUACAUAAAGGGGAAAGAACGUAACUCCUCCGCUUCCUGGAUUUUCAGAGCCAUAAACCUUGGCCGGCUGUUUUUCCUGCUGUGGCCAUUCCAGGCUAUGAUUGUGAAUAUGUGGGCAGCACAAAGGGAAAGUUCCCUCCCUUAACAUUGAAGGAUAACUUUGGGGACCAGAUCGUGAAAGAUGCUGGAAAUAAGAUGCAAGGGAUAGAAGGCAAAGCCAUUCCAUCACCUAGAUGAAAUCUCUUAGCAAUAAAAACGUCCUGAUUUUGGGAGAGUAGCAGAAGUUGUGGCGGAGGGAGAAUGUAUCCGUCCCACUUCGUAAUUCCAUCGUUUGUUUGCCUCUGAGGGUGAAGCUGAGCAUCACAAUGGAGCGGUGUAAUUCCACCCCCGGUAGUUUUGAGGCCGCUCAUACCUCAAAAGGACAGCGUUUCACAUACAGAUAGCUUCUGGCAAAUUUGCUUGGCUUGUUGCGUUGGCAGAAAGGGGAGUCCUUUUGACCCCUUUUCUCUCCUCUCCCCCCCUCCCCCUGUGACAUUUCCUUUCUCUUGCUAGGACACCUGAGAUUAAUGGCACAUCGACUAGCAGGCCGGUGGCACACUGUCUCUCUGCCAGCCGUUCUCUUUUACAGUUUGCGCAGUCGGCUGGCUGUGCAGGAGAAAAUGCCUUCACCUCUUCUGUGGUCUGAACAGCUCAGAGUGGCAUCAGUGCCAGAUCAGUUCUCCCUUCCACCUGUGGUUCACCUUGCAGGAGGCAGAGAGGUCCUAGUGUUCCCCAACCUUGGCUCUUAAGACAAGCUGGUUUCUUGUCGGUGUCAAAUAGAAACUGGAACAAUUAUCUUUUGGCUUUCAGUCCUAAGCUAUGGUGCCAAUGGUCUGUGGCAUGGACAUCUCCGCUCCAGAGGUCAUGGGCAGCUUACUGCUGCAAUUCUGAUCCUGCUUAGCAGCGUCGGAGCUUACAGCCUGCUCCUCCUAAGCCCCUUUGUUUUCCUCUCUCUCCUGACCCCAGAGUAGGAGCUGGGUAGUCUCUGUUUCUAUGGUGUGAACCAGCUGGGGGCCUGUGGAAGCCACAAUCAAUGGUAUCCCAUGUUGCUCCCAGGAAGAGAAAGCUUCCCCUUUUGCUGUUCCCACUUGUUACAGAAGGAAGGUUCCACUGUGGUUUGUUAGUGCUGGAACGAUUCCCUUGAAAGAAUCCACGUGGGGACCGUAAAUGUACAAUCCGCUUUGAGCAAAGAUCCAAGAUUCCAGCUGCCUCCCGUUUUGCAGGCCUUUCCUAGGAGAAAAUCUGCCCAGAUUUCCAGUAUGCCGUUUUCCAGCUGCAGAUCAUCCCACAAGCUUUUUCCGUGGACGAGGAUGAUUCCAUUCGAUGUCCUAGGAGGCACAGUCUUCCCUGGACACGCUCCAUCCCUACCAUUUAAAGCACUAAAUUGUAGAAUUGUCUCUGCCCCAUCAGUUGCAUUUGUUGACCCCAUUCGGAUACGGCUGUGUGUGGUUCCUCAUGCAGGCGAGGGCUGCUGUCUCUAAUUUGACACUUUGGCCUUGUUUCCGUCCUUCAACUUUUCCCAUAUGGCACUGCCAUAAAAUAGCCCUGGAACAGCCUCCCCCAGCCUGGUGCCCUCCAGAUGUUUCAGAACCAUAGCUCCCAUCAUCCCUGACCACUGGCCAAGUCAGCUGGGACUGAUGGGAGCAGAAAGUCCCAAAACAUUUGGGGAACAUCAGAAUCUAUUUCUCUUCAAGUUGCGACUGCAGCCGUCAACUCUACAAGCUGGUUGUAUCCCUGGUGACGUUUUAACCCCUUUCUGCAUUCAUAAGCCCCUGGAAGCAACACUACAGCAUCUCAGCUUUGCCCCGUACAAGGGAUCUCAAAUCUUAGAAGCAAUGAUCUUGCUAGGGGUUCCAUGUGGCACACAUUUUUCUUCACCUCCAAUUUGAAAAGCUGCCUUUUGGGGCUGUUCUUUUUAUACAGAUUUUUUAAAGAGCUCUAUUUUUAUAUGAAACGAACCUUGCAGGGUUACAAAAAGUGACCACCAGCCCCCAUAGCAACUAAAGAGUUGGGCAUUCAUCAGCCACCUGGCGCUCUCUGGGGUUUUUCCGGCGUUUGCUUGUUCCUUGCCUUAGCUUUAACAGUAGCCUGGAAUUGCUCCUCUGUAGACUGGGGAAUGUUAAGAUAGGCAUGAGAGCGCUUCACUCCUCGGCUGUUGGACGUCAUCUGCAAUAUCCUUAAGCUAUUGUGGACAUCUUGCUGAGCAGUUCUCCCAUUUGAUUUUUGUUCAUUUUGAGCGAUCAUUGAGCACUUGUUAAACUGAUUGUCAAAGGGCAGCUGCUAUUAAAUAGGGUGGGGGUCCAAGAAUUGGGGGUGAGUAUUCUGUCUGGCGUCUGGGUCAGUCUGCAGCGUUGGCAGAGCCCUUCAGCUAAGCUUGUUUGCCUUACGCAACCAAGUCACAGAAGUCUUCUGUGCUUCCUCUUCCCCAUAUUUAUCGUGAACCCUGCCUCGCCUGGCAGUGAUUUCCUGAUCAUUUUAAAUGAGUCGUAUUUAAAUAUCAUGUAUUUAUUAUAAAUGGCGAGAUUGAUGGUUGGUUGACGUUUGCCCUUGGCAUAUGUGUUGCUCCCUCUUGGUCUGCGGUGAUCGUCUUUUUUUGCACAGAAGACUGAUUGAGCUUUGUAGUGUUUUCCCUUUCCAUCUGCUUUUUUAUUGGCUGGCAGUUCUUAGUCCUUUUUAAAACAAAAACAAAAACCUGGAGCCUAUGGACACUCCCUGCUGCCUAAGGAAUUCUGGAAAUGGUACAAGUGAGUUAAGCAUUUCUGGUAAACCUUUGCCAAAGUGCAAUGUUCAGGAUUCCUGGGGAAACCCAGGAAGGCAUACUGGUUUGAGACCAAGUAAGUGUUUUUACAAGAAAUACAUUUUUUUCUUUUUUCGUAAACCCAAAUACCAUUUUGUGCAACUGCAUCAAAAGUCUGUUUAGUCAACAAACUACUUGAUUCCCCUGAGCAUUAGAUCAGAACCUCAGUUUCAUCAAGCAGGUGUUCCUUUAGUGUUGGAGGCUUGUGUGUCUUUCUGUCUCAGUUUCGUUUCUGUUCCUGCAAGACUUGAGCUUUCUGGCCCUGGACUUCCAAAUGCCAUCUUGUGUAUCAGAAAGGCAAUCACAUUCUGAAUCCCACAGUUUGAAGAAGAGCCUCUCUUAAUCCUUGGCACUGGAAGAAGAGCAGCUCAACAUUGCUUUGAUCCUCUUAUUGGCUUUGUGGAUUUUGUAUAUAUUUUGCUCAUUAGGUUAAUUAUGUCAAAUGGUUUGGCCAGUCCUGCUUUUUAUGACGGGUGGAUCAGAUAUUUCUGUGUAUAGUUUUGCCUCUUACUUUGUUUCCGGCUCAAUAAAAUAAGAACCGUCCACUAUA